UGCAGACACAGCUUUAGUUGUGUGAAAAACACUGGAAUCAGUGUGCGGAAUUCCAUUGAGAAAAAAAGCUGUCAUCAUUUAUUGGAGAGCUGAAGAUGAUGGCUGCAGGAAACUAUGCAAGUUUACCUCGUAAGAUCCAAACCAGCCGUAAGAGCUCGCUCCAGUCAUCGAUGGACAUGCUCAAUAUCAAAGGCCAUCUCACUGGUCAGCUUUCUGGCUCACUCCAGGGUAUUUCCAUUCAUGGCACACUGCCGAGAAAAAAAAAUGGGAAGGUGUCUGUGAUACGUGAUGGCACGUACAGUCCCAUAGGAAACCAGCCACAGCCUUUGCCAACCCGAUUGCACAAAACAUCAUUGUCUUAUGAGAUAAUUGAAGAGCACCCAUUACAAGAGGUCACAGAAUUCCAUUCUGGGGACCCGGACAUAAUGGACUUUGCCCUUGAAUAUGUCAAGUUCUCUAAGGACAGGUACAUAAUGGACUCAACACCUGAGAAACUGAAAAAGGAGCUGGAGGAAGAACUGAAGUUAAACAGUGAAGAUCUACGAAGUCAUGCCUGGUACCACGGCCAAAUUCCCAGGAAGGUUGCAGAGUCCCUGAUUCAGAGGGAUGGAGACUUCCUCAUCCGUGAAUCUCUCUCCAGCCCUGGCAACCAGGUGUUGACCUGUCAGUGGAAGGACACCCCUCACCAUUUCAAGAUCAACAGAGUGGUUGUCAGGCUGAACGAAGGCUACAGCCGCCUGCAGUACCAGUUUGAGCGGGACAGCUUUGACAGCAUCCCCGCUCUGGUCAGGUGCUAUGUGGGGAACCGCAAACCCAUCUUCGAGCAGGUCGGGGCCAUCAUUUUCCAGCCCAUAAAUCGGACUCUGCCGUUGAGGUGUGUGGAGGAGAAAUACGGGCCAGCUGCUCCCGUCAGGCAACAGGUCUGCAGCACACCGGAUGGAAAACUGGACACAGAAAAACGUCUGAGCUUGAACGUAUCAAACAGGCCUAGUCAAGAGCGGAUUCUGCCAGCUGGAAACCUUUUGAGGAAUAAAGACAAGAGUGGGAGCCAGCCUGCAAGUCUUGACUAUGUCCAGGAUAGACGCCUACCCUUGAAAUCUCAUCAAUCGGAAAGUUACCUUCCUUUGGGAAUGAAAGCUCCGCUCCAACAACAGCAACAACAGCUACCGCACCGACCUCAGCAACAGCAGCAUAAAGUAAUGGAGGGAACUGCAUGUAUCAAGCCCCAAGUGUUUCGAACAGGCAGUGAGCCUGCUCUCAGCCCAACAUUCACCCGAAGCCCCACUUUGGAAUUUCAAGCGGGGGAAGCACUGAGAGGGUCUGAUAGUCAACUCUACCCCAAACCACCUCCAAAGCCCAGCAAGGUAUCCUCACUGAGAAUGCCGCAUGCCCCUUCAUUAAUGAACAACUCUGAUAGAGGCAAGUACGGUAAGAUGAGUGCUGGUAGCCCAGAAAGGGGCAGUCAUUAUACUGAACUAAAAGAUGAUGCCUCAGUGGAGCAGGCCGGGACAGACCCAUACUUAUUCCAGCCUGACAGCUUUGUAGAAAGACUAAACACUGAGGAAGCAGCAAAGAUCUCCUUCCAAAGAGCCAACUCAGUCCUCAGCAUUUCGGACGAGAGCCCAUUCCAGUUCACAGUCUCUUCUGCUGAAGAUGAGGAAAAGGCCAGUGAUCCAGUCUUCAUUGCACCCUCCCUUGGGAACAUCUCUUGCUUUAAACCCAAUGACUUCAAAUCCAAACUGCUUCACCCUGACAACAAGCCCUUAGAAACGUGGGUGAUCAGACGUGUUAAAGAACUGUUUGCCAAUAAUGACCCUUCAACUAUUGCCAAGCACAUCCUUAAAGUGGACUGCCAGGUUGCUAGGAUAUUUAACGUUUCUGAAGAAAUAAAGCAGCAGAUGGGAGUGAGCUCAGGUCUGGAGCUUAUUACAUUGCCUCAUGGGCACCAACUGCGUCUCGAUUUAACAGAAAGGUAUAAUACUCUAGCUAUUGGGAUAGCUGUGGAUGUCUUGGGUUGUACAGGGAGUGUUCAAGAGAGAGCUGCUGUAUUAAGUAAGAUCAUCGAAGUGGCCCUGGAGCUGAAAUAUUCCAUGGGAGAUCUGUAUGGCUUCUCUGCUGUUAUGAAAGCACUGGACAUGCCCCAGAUUACAAGGUUAGAGGAAACUUGGACUGCACUGCGACGUACACACACGAGAAGUGCCAUUGUUUAUGAGAAGACACUUAAACCAUGCAUCAAAGCUUUAAACGAGGGAAGAGAGGAGAUCGCACUCAGUAAGACAACAGUUCCAUACAUUAUGCCUCUCAUUACUCUGAUGGAGCGGGAGUUUGUCACCUUUGAGGCCACUGAGUUAUGGGAAAGCAUUGAUGAGGGUUGUGAAAUAAUGCUCAAACACCUGGAAAUGGCACGCAUCUUCACAUACAAUGCUGCAGUGUAUGAAGCUAAUGCAAAACGGAUUCUUACAGGUUUCGAGUCUGAUGAAGAACUUCUUGAGACAUUUCAGACAGAGUUUGCAAUGAGGCUGUUGUGGGGAAGCAAAGGAGCACAGGUUAACCAAAGUGAACGUUAUGAAAAGUUCAUGAUGAUUUUGAUAGCUUUGUCACGGAAACUUGAACCGCCGUCACCACUUCGACAUGCACAGCACUAAAGAUCCCUGGAAAUACAACCUAGAAGAUUGUCUGUGGUCGAAGCACACUUCCUAAUAUAUUCAACCAUAAUCAAGAAACAGUCAGUGUUUUAGCCACUCGCUGCCUAGGACUGGAUUUCAGUAGCUUCUGCUUGCACAAGUUUAACAUUCCAAAUAAAUUCUUAGAAGUAACUAAUGGCAGGAUAAAAUUUGGAAGCACUCCAUAGAAUGUUCCUGUUGUCUCAUAUUAAUCCUUUGAAACAUGGUUGCGAUGGGUUUUAAUUUUCAUUAAAAGGUAUCGUGUAGCCAAAAUAAUAAGGAUACUUGGAGGAGACUC